UCUUGAGUCAUAUAUGCGGAAUUUUUGUGAAGACAGUUGGUUCCUCAGUCACGACUUUUGUUUCCCAGAGCUGGGUGAAGUAACGUUAGUUGUUGGCUCGAUCUUUUGAUCUUGGCUCGUUGACAAUCUAAAAACCAUGAGUCUCGCUCAGAGGUUGUUCGGAGGCGGUGGCGGUGGCAAAAACCAGCCGAAGGCCCAGCCAUCACCGCAAGUAGCUAUUCAAAAGCUUCGUGAGACUGAGGAGAUGCUGAACAAAAAAACUGAAUACUUGGAGCAGCAGAUGGAUGAGCAGAUGAAAAUAGCGAAAAAGGCAGGAACGAAAAACAAAAGAGUUGCUAUCCAGGCAUUGAAGAGGAAGAAGCGUCUUGAAAAGCAGCUUCAACAGAUUGACGGUACACUGAGCACAAUCGAGUUCCAACGUGACUCGCUGGAGAAUGCAGCAUCGAAUACUGCUGUUCUUCAGAGCAUGGGAUUUGCUGCUGAGGCUUUGAAGGCAGCGCACAAAGACCUUGAUGUUGACAAAGUACACGACAUGAUGGACGAUAUUGCGGAGGCCAAUGAGCUGCAUCAGGAGAUCAGCGAUGUCAUUUCUGCACCGGCCGGUUUUGGACAGGAGGACCUUGACGAGGAUGACCUUCUGGCUGAACUGGAGGAGAUGGAACAGGAAGAGAUUGAAGAGAAGCUGAUUUCCAUUCCAGGGGAGGUCAGCCUGCCAUCAGUACCCGAUGUCGAACCAGUUGCAGCCAAGCCGGCCCCUGCCAAGACGCAGGAAGACAGAGAUCUUGAGGAGCUGAUGGCGUUUGCGUCGUAGUUCUGCUUGUUGGCCUUCGCAGAAAGAUAGUUUACUUUGAGGCUGUGGCUCUAGUUUGAUCCUUUCCCAGCCCGUGCUGUUCAUUCUACCGGACAAACACGACCACAGGCGUUUAGAUUGCCGUAUAGUAAGCACACAUACACCAGAGAUAAGUUCUUCUUCCUCCUCUUGCGAGGACAUCUCAAACAUACUCUUUAGACCAACCCCUAUUGUAUAUACCGCCACGUACUUUUAAUAUGCAGCGCAGUUGGAUAGCCGUUGCUUGCAAUAGAUUCUCUCUACCUGUAUGGUCAUGAAAAUUAAAUUAACUUUACUUGUUGAUGCAGGAGAUUUUGUUUGUGUAAAGAUAGUACUGCUGCUUACCCCCCCCCCCCCCCCCCCCCCCCCCCUGUCAAUUGCUGUGUUCCUAGCACUCCCGCUGCUUUUGCUUGCUUUUUUUUUACUGGCACUAUGAUUUGCAUCUAUUCUAUAUUUUGAUCAUCAGACUACGAGUAACAUUAUAGGCCCAUUUGGCAAUCUGUUUUUUUUCUUUUCCUUGCGUUGCUGUUGGUUGCCCGCUCUUGCAUUGCUUUUUCCUGACAGUGUGACUGCUUCACCUUCUUCGGCAUGGUUUUGCACAAGCUCCCAUCAGGCGUGCGUUCAUAUUUCAUUGUACAUGUCAAUGAACACCAGGACGAUGCCUGGCCUGGUAGUGUGUAUGCUUGGCACAAUACGUCGUAUCCAUGUGUGACAUGGCCCACUGA